CUUUUAUGUUUUCUUGUUUUUUUUUUCUCCUACAGAAAACAAAAGAAUCCCAACUUCAACCGCCUCCUUCCGCCUCCCAUCUCUCUCUCUCUUUCGAUUCUCACAACUCUUAUCAUUUGUUGUAAUCAUCUACCCAAUCAUCCGCUUUGGAUUGCGCUUAUACUUCAUCCUUACGUGAUUGUACGAUAUCCACUAUGAUAUCUAUCAAUACUUCCAAUUGAUUAAGCGGGUCUAGAUUUCCUACUCAUCGCUAAUUCGCCGGCAUUACUGUUGCAAGAUUCAGUUAUUCCGUUUAGGGUUUUUGGUGAUCUCAGCGAUUGCCUAGGAUUUCCCAUUUUUCUGGUGUUUUUUUUAGGGUUUUUUUGUAGCCGCUGGUAGGAAUUUCAUUUCUUUGAUAUCUAGUGUUUGCUCAUCAGGAGUCAGGACGGGUUAUCUGACUCUCUGCCUUAGUUUUUGGUGAUCCAGUGUUCAUUGCUUUGAGUAAUCAAGUUUAUGGAUAUGUGUAUAGGAUUAAUUGUGAGAUAAGUUUUGGAUACUAUAAAACUAUCUGGUUAAGAAGUUUAAUAUCUAUAUCGGUUUACUUAAGAAUACAUUAGUUUCUGGAGGAAGCUGCCCAGGUUAGCAAACCAUAACCGUGCAUGGGAGAACAGGAGAGCUGGGCACAGCCAGGUGGCCUAUUGCCAAAUGGCUUAUUGCCCAAUGCUGGUCCAUUGAUCCGAGUCCUUGACUCAGAGAGAUGGUUGAAGGCCGAAGAGAGGACUGCAGAGCUUAUUGCUUGCAUUCAGCCCAAUCAGCCUUCAGAAGAGCGCAGAAAUGCUGUUGCUGAUUAUGUGCAGAGACUCAUUGUGGAGUGUUUUCCAUGCCAGGUGUUCACUUUUGGGUCUGUACCACUUAAGACAUAUCUACCAGAUGGGGACAUUGACUUGACAUCAUUCAGUAACAAUCAGAACAUGAAGGACUCAUGGGCUAAUCAAGUUCGAGAUAUGCUGGAGAAAGAGGAGAGGAAUGAGAAUGCUGAAUUUCGUGUUAAGGAGGUCCAGUACAUUCAAGCUGAAGUCAAGAUAAUAAAAUGUUUGGUGGAGAACAUUGUAGUUGACAUAUCUUUUAAUCAGCUUGGUGGACUAUGCACACUUUGUUUCCUGGAGGAGGUCGAUCAUUUGAUAGACCAAAAUCAUUUAUUCAAACGUAGCAUUAUAUUGAUUAAAGCAUGGUGUUACUACGAGAGCAGGAUAUUGGGGGCUCAUCAUGGACUUAUUUCAACUUACGCCCUUGAGACAUUGGUUCUUUACAUAUUCCAUGUUUAUAAUAACACUUUUACUGGGCCACUUGAGGUUCUAUACCGUUUCCUUGAGUUCUUCAGUAACUUUGAUUGGGAGAACUUCUGUGUCAGUUUGUGGGGUCCUGUACCCAUUAGUUCACUUCCUGAUGUAACUGCGGAGCCUCCGCGGAAGGACAGUGGGGAGUUAUUGCUUAGCAAAUUGUUUCUUGAUGCUUGUAGUUCAGUCUAUGCUGUUUUCCCUGGUGGACAAGAAAAUCAAGGACAAACUUUUCUUUCAAAACAUUUUAAUGUUAUUGACCCUUUACGCGUGAAUAACAAUCUUGGACGUAGUGUUAGCAAAGGUAAUUUCUUUAGAAUACGAAGUGCAUUUGCUUUUGGUGCCAAGAGGCUGGCCAGGUUGCUUGAUUGCCCAAAGGAAGAUUUGUUCUAUGAAGUAAACCAGUUCUUUAUGAAUACAUGGGAUAGACAUGGCAGUGGAAAUCGACCAGAUGCUCCUACGGUUAAUUUAGAACAAUUGCGAUUGACUCCUUUGGACAACUUAAAAGGGUCUGAAAAACUAAAGAACAGUUCAAGUAGUGAAAAGAUGAUUGGAAAUUCUUCUGGUUAUGCCACUGUAGCUGAUGGAAACCGUCCUCAAAGACUUCCCCACCAACAUGAUAGUUACCCCUUGGUAUCUAGAUCCAUUCAUUAUCAGGCUCCAAAAGGUUUACUCAAUUCAAGCAGCACUGUUAUCACUGAUCAUAUAUUAAGAGGAACUAAUUCCAACAAAGACAUUGAUCCAGACAAUGGACAGAGGAAUGUUAAAUCCAAUCAUUUGCCAAAUGAUCUAAAUGGAAGGUAUCUUUUUGCAAGAACACGUUCCAGUCCUGAGCUCACUCACACUUUUACUGAUUCCUCUUCUCGUAAUAGACACUAUGAAACUCAGACUGCUUCAGCAAGACAUGAUGUUGGGAGGAACAAUCCUUCAUUAAUCAAGCAUGCUCCUCUUAAUCCAAAUAACGAUGCUUCCUUUGAUUCAGACAACAUUUCUAACAGUGGUCGCCAUGACUUCAUCUUAGGAACAAUGGGUGAAGAAUUCUCUUCUAUGAGCGGAAUGCAUGAGAUGCAUCAGGAGGAGCAGGAUCUUGUGAACUUGAUGGCUUCUUCCAUGCUACAUGGUCAUAAUGGACAGAUACACAUGCCAUUCAGCUUAGCUUCAGGGCACGUACCUUUUCCAGUUACACCUUCUUUAUUAGCUUCAAUGGGCCAGAGAAAUUUUGGUGGAAUGUUACCCGCAAAUAUUCCGAUGAUUGAUCCUUCAUUUUCAAAUAUGCAAUUUCCUCAAGGCAUGAUGUCACAUCCACUAGCACAUUAUUUUCCUGGCAUGGCAUUGACGUCAAACACUGAAGAUGCUGUUCAACAUGGUAAUGAAAAAAUUUCUUAUGCGGAGGCUGAUCAAGGGUUUUGGCCAGACCAUGAUGCUGGCUAUAAUGGUGGUCUUGAAUCUGAAAGUGGUACUUUAGGGUCAUUACAAUCAAGUUCCAUACCACAACCAGAUUCAAGUAAUUUUGUUCGUUCAUCUCGGUUAAGUGGUACCAGUAGUUUGGCAAGGGGUCAGCAGAAACUUAACAAAGAGCGAGGUUCGAUGGAAUCUCAGUUAGAUGGUUUCCAACAUCAAGAUAAUAGAGUAAAUGAUGUUCAUUCUGAUGAACGAACCAUUAGUGAUACUAUUAGGAGUAGAACAUCUUCAGAGAGUUCCUGGGAUGGCUUAUCAGUGAAACUAUCAAAGGUUUCAAAUGAAAAGGGGAAAAUGAUGGUUCUCACUGAACCAUCUACGAAGCAUGCUGCUCAGGAUGAGGAAGAUGGAAUAGAUUUGUAUAAUCUGUCAGCUGCAGCAAAUGAAGUGACUGAAAGUGGUUCUGGCUACAUAUCUUUGCCUAGUCCGCGGCACCACAUGGUUGGACAUGAAUCCCAAACUACUGGAUCAGACACAAUGGUACCUAUGAGCUCAGUGAUUUUAGGGGCUGGUCCUCGCCAAAGAGGAAUUGAUAACUCUGGUGUCCUUCCCUUUGCAUUUUAUGCUACAGGUCCCCCCGUCCCAUUCCUUACUAUGCUUCCAUUCUCCUACAUUCCGUCUGAGACAAGAACAUCGGAUGUAUCCACUAGUCAUUUCGGAGGAGAGGAUAAUAGUUUAGAUGAUUCAGACUCCGGUCAGAAUCUAGAUUCUUUUGAAGAGCCUAAUCAUGCUGAGGAAUUGAAUAACGGAUCUUCAAGACAGACAGCUUCUGUUAUUACACCGUCUGUUGAGCAUAAGCCUGAUAUCUUGAAUAGUGACUUUGAAAGCCAUUGGCAGAAUUUGCAAUUUGGCCGUCUUUGCCAGAAUCCACAUUAUCAUGGGCCAGCGGUUUAUCCUCCUUCAGGUGUAGUGCCUCCUAUGUAUCUGCAGGGGAGAUCUCCAUGGGAUGGUCCAGGAAGACCUGUUUCAUCAAACAUGAAUUUGAUCUCUCAGCUUAUGGGCGGCUAUGGUCCACGGUAUUUACCUAUGGCUCCUUUGCAGUCUAUGCCAAACAGGCCUCCUAAUGUUUUUCAACGAUAUUUUGACGAAAUGCCAAGAUAUCGUACUGGGACUGGAACUUAUUUGCCAAAUCCAAAAAAUUCUUCUAGGGAUCGACAGACUUUUGGGAACAACAGGAGGGGAAACUACAGCCAUGAUAGAAGCGACAACGGGGACUACAGGGAAGGACACUGGCAUGCUAAUUCUAAGUCGCGAGGUGCUGGCCGCAAUCAACAAAAUCGCAACCAAUCUGAUAAAUUAAGCUCAAGGGGGGAACGGAAUGGUGGAGGUGAUAGUAGUAGAGGUGACCGUCCUUGGAACAACUCGUACAGAAAUGACUCAUACAGAAAUGACUUGCCUUCUCAAAAUGGUCCUCAAUUUUCGAGCUCCAAUCAGAGUGGUCCUUCUGAUGUCGGAGGAUACAACAUGUAUACUUUGCCAACCAUGAACCAUAACGGACUAGUGACUUCAAAUAGUAGUGGACAAUAUAUGAUGGUGUACCCUUUUGACCAAAACAGCAGCACAUAUAGUGUGCCACCUGAACAUCUCGAGUUCGGUUCUCUUGGGCCAAUGGGCGUUUCAAAUUUGAACGAACAAACACAGCAAAACGAAGGGAAUCAUCGAGCUACGAGGGGGCAGCUGGAUGCACAAAGAUUUCAUGGAGGUUCUGAGCAAAGAUCUUCACCAGAUCAACAACCUUCAUCACCACACCAUAAUCAAAGGAGGCCUUAAGUAUUUUGCAAGAUGAAGGGCCAAAGCAAUUAGGACUUUCCUGCCUCCUUCCUAUCGCAUUUCAAGAAAAUGACACCAAAUUGUGAGAGCUUUUCAUUGCAAAGUCCAUUCGAUGUUGCUGCUGGGGUGAGAACCAAGAAGCGGUUUGCAGGAAAAAGAUAGGAGUCUAUGUCUGGCCGAAUCAUUUUGCCUGUAAAGUAUAAAAAACCCAUCAUACAGUAGUAGAACCUCUUGGAAUCAAUAUCAGGAAGGGAGAAACCAGUAAAAAUCAUGGUAAUAAAAUUUUGCCCUUUAACCUGAAGGGGAAGGGUGGUGAAACUGUAAUUUCGCAUCAUGGUAAAUGUAGAAACUAAUUUUGUUGUUCUUCCAAGUUUUUUCUACAAUUGUUGUUGAAGUUUGGGUAAUUUGAUUGAUGAUGGAUGAUAUAGGAUUUUGUGUUCCUUUUUUUUUUUUGUCACUGUGCACUACUAGCUAGGGAUGUUUACUUGUUAUACCUACUAGAUAAGAUAUUAUCAGAUUUAUUAUUAUUAUUAUUAUUAUUUUCUUAAA